AAGACUUGUGGGCGACAAAUCAUUUGAUCGCGAUCGCUGAAAAGUUGAUUUCAAAAUGGAAAACACGUUGGCAAGUGAGCGCGUGAUGACUUGGAACACCGUGUGACGGUCAGCUAUAGAAGGUCCGAAAAGUAUGAGUCUUGUGGAAAGGUGGUGGCUUACAGAUUAUGCAACGGAAAUCUACGUGUACCUUCGUUCCCGAGAAAGGCAGCGUCUUAACUAUCGCUGUCAAUCGCCCCAGCUUCACUUGCGGAGAGAUUUGCUUCGAAUUAUCGAGCAUGCCUGCGAGAAGCUCAGCCUCUGCAUUCUAGUUCAGCACCUGUCCGUCCAUUUACUAGACUUUUUCAUGGAUUGCCACGAUGUGGGAAGAGACCAGCUGCAACUCAUGACACUAGGAUGUGUCAUCGUUGCUGCCAAAGCGGAAGAAAAAGAUGCCUUAAUACCGAAGAACAGUGAUGUGAGCAAACUAUUAGACAACGGCUACGACCUCAAAGACCUGGCCAAAAUGGAGCUGACACUUUUGACCUUCUUCAAAUGGGAAGUGCACUACCCGACUGUAGCCCACUUCUUGGAUUACUUUGCCAUCUUUGCCAUUUUUCCAAACGACUACGCGAAACACGCAGACUCAGCUGGUCAGCUCGAGUACCUCCAGACACACAUGAGGAGCUAUCUCAGCUACUUUCUCGAUGCAUCUCUCAAAGACCACUCAUUCAUGCAAAUGCCUGCGUCUAUGGUGGCAGCAUCGUGCAUUGUCUGCUCGCGGGCCUGUCUACUUCUCAAUCCUCUGUGGUCCAGCACACUGGAAAGCAUCAGCAACUACAAGCUAGACCAGCUUGUGACCUGCAUCAAUCACCUCUUUACCAGCACCCUGUCAGAGGAAGGACGGGUUAUACGACAGGACACCAAGCAUGCCGCAAUUCCAGGAUCCAACACUGCUUGAAAUCCACUUUUUUUCUUGUUGUUUACCAUUGUUACCGUGGCAAAAACAAUAUUGGCUACUAUUUGCUUGGAGACAGGAUUUAUUUUUGCUAAAAGUCUCAAUAAAGGAGCAAACAGA